AUGGGCGUCCGAGAUUCCCACGGGGAGGCGACGGGGACGCCCGACCCUGUUGACAAGGGGUUCGCCACGCUCAACACCAUCAGGAUCGGUGUGAAGGCCAUGGUGCAGAAGUAUGGCUCUCUUUAUCCCCCCUUGUCGGUUUCGUGUCUGUGUCGAGUUGGUGCUGAUAUAGUUCUUAGUGUACACUAUGUCGAUUUCAACAAACGUCUUGAUGAAUGGGUCGCAUCUUCGCGCAUCGAUCUCUCCCAUGAGGUUGAAUGGCCUCAGCCAGAGAAGGCUGAUAAGAAGAAGGCUGGCGCCGCCAGCAAAGCAGCGCCAAGCAAAAACAAGCGUGCUAGAGCUGAGAGCCGGGAUCUGUCUCAAACUCCCGACGCCCUGAGUGGGAAGAAUGUGAAUGUCGGCAAGGCAUCACGGCCCUCGAAGGCUGGAGGGAAAGAAAACCUCGGGGCCGAAACACCUGGUGGAGACACCUCAAUGUUCCCAUCUGCGGCUGUAUCAGCUGUGGGCACACCAAAAGCCACUGAAUCAGAUGAUUUCGAGAUGGCAGAUGCUGCAGCGGAAGGCAAAUCGGUGACCGAAGAGCAUGUUCAAAUGGCAUCUGGCGAGGUGAUCUCACGCGGCGAGGAAAUUGAACGGCUCCGCACAGGCGGUAGUAUGACCCAGAACCCAACGGAGAUUCAUCGCGUGCGAAACUUGACCCGCUUGCAAAUGGGCAAGUAUGACGUUGAGCCGUGGUAUUUCUCACCAUACCCGGAUUCCUUCUCGGAUGUCGACCUGGUCUAUAUCGAUGAGUUUUGCCUUAGUUACUUUGACAAUAAGCGUGCCUUUGAGCGUCACCGCUCAAAGUGUACCUUGACGCACCCGCCAGGUAACGAGAUCUACCGAGAUGACAACAUCUCCUUCUUCGAAGUCGACGGUCGUCGCCAGCGGACAUGGUGUCGUAACUUGUGUCUCCUGAGCAAGCUCUUCCUUGACCACAAGACCCUUUACUACGACGUUGACCCAUUCCUAUUCUACUGCAUGUGCACACGCGAUGAGACAGGCUGCCAUUUCGUCGGUUACUUCUCCAAAGAGAAGGAUUCCGCCGAAGGAUAUAACCUAGCGUGUAUCAUGACUUUGCCGCAAUACCAGCGCCGUGGCUUCGGUCGUUUGCUGAUCUCGUUCAGUUACGAGCUCAGCAAGCGCGAAGGCAAGCUUGGUUCUCCAGAGAAACCACUCAGUGAUCUGGGUCUUCUUGGUUAUCGACAGUACUGGCGUGAAACGUUAGUUGAUUUACUGAUCGAGCCCAAUCGAGAAGCCAUGAGCGAGAAUGAGCUUGCAGUACUCACUUCUAUGACUGAAAAGGACGUCCAUGAGACUCUGGUUGUUUUCAACAUGCUUCGAUAUCACAAGGGUAAUUGGGUCAUUGUACUCACGGACCAAGUUGUUGAGGAGCACAACAAGCGUCUCAAAAAGGAGGAGCUCAAGGGUGCGCGCAAAAUCGAUCCUGCCCGUCUUCAGUGGAAGCCUCCUGUCUUUGCUGCUUCCAGCCGGACCUGGAAUUGGUGA